AGUCUCGGUUUAGUGCAACGAUAGCGAUGUGUGUUUAAGCGGACCGAUGAGAGUUUGGAUACUCGCUCCUCUCAUGACCAUCACAUUAUAAAUCAUCUUUUAUUAGGUCCGAACUUUAUUUUCUUUUUAAAUCAAUUGUUGAGACAAUAUCGUGCGUCGCUGUGGAUCUCAUUCUUAAAUCGAUGUAUUUAUUUGAUUUGUGUCGAUGAUGAUCAACCGAGAAGCAGGUGCGUUUGAGGAAAAACAUUCGUCCUGCUUGUGAUCCUUUAUUCUGUCCCUGGAUCAGUCACUAGCGGAUUAUGUUUAAAUAUGUCAAUCAUCUCAAUUAUAAGAUGUAACUUUUAUAACAACGCUGCUAUAACAGACUGAAGUGCUGCAGGAUCGAUGAUGAUGGACUCUAUGGAGAGUUGGGCUUUAAACUGCGUCCGAUCACCGUGAUGGAUUCAUGAUCGGACAUCAAACACAAUAAAUGUCUCUGUGGAUUGUUGGAAUAUCGCGUGGCAUUUAUUGGAUUUACUGUGAUCGAUUGAUUUUAAAUCUAAUCGGAUCGAUGUGAUCACAGUCUUCUCGGAGCUACAGUUUAUGAUUGUUAAAGAAGAUCACCUGUAGAUCACAGUACUGAAUCAUGCUGGCGUGUCUGCAGCAUCAGAAGUCACCCGUCCACCACCUGCCGGACAUCACAAAGAUCCUGGACACAUCUGUCCAUCACCAGAGUGAGCUCCGGUACCCGUCUGUAGCCGAGCUGGACGCCUAUGCUCACAGGACGGCCGACAGCCCGCUAUCCAUCAAGAUCUUCCCGACAAACAUCAGAGUCCCACAGCACAAACAAAUCAACAGAACCGUCAACGGUUUGGAUACGGACGGUCAGCGGUUCGGCUUGUCCUCUCACCCGUUCUCCGCUGGGCAUCGAGGCUUGUUGGCUAUUGUAAAAACUCCUGCAGCUAAUGGUGGGUUAAAAACAUCUGAGGGUAAAAGAGGAAAACUGUCUCCCUUCCUAAUGGCUGUCGCCCCUUACGUGCCACCCAGCAACAUACACAGGCUCAAGUCGUAUGAUGUAGAGGUACCCGGCGCUCUCAAUGCGGCGAUGUCCGACCAAAGCAUCGUUCGGCAUAAGAGCCGUCCGUCUAACUGCAGUCCUGCUUUCCUGGCGGCCACCGCCGCGUCCUGCUCAGAUUCUGGGUUUACGGCGUCUGGUUCAGCUCGGGUGUACGCCAGAGCCGUCCUUCCCACUCAGAGCGCAGACGGGCACGUGGAGGGUUUGGAUUAUUGGCAGCACAGAACGCAGCAUCGCUACACGCACAGCACCUACGGCGUAAGCUCUCCGGAGGUCUGUGUCCCCAUCGGAUGCGCUCAACUUUCCUACAGACCUCUUAGCUUUAGUGUGACAUCUGGCGUGCCGGAGAAAAUCCCAUCUUCCACGCUGAACUCAACCAUGGCACCUCCUUGGAACGCCGUUCUAGCCACACCAGAUACCGAGUCCUACAGUCAGCAAGAGCAAACCACCGGUUCAUCCAUGGACCUCCAUCCUCACAUCCACCGGCGUCCUCAACCGUACCUGACGGAGCGGAGCGUGUGCCGUAAGUUUCCCGAUAAGAGCUCGUGUCAGGUGUCUCUCCUGAGCAGCAGUCUGAAAUCUCUGGAGUGUCUCAUCAGUGAGAUUCAUCCACCCUGUAUAAAGGAGCAAAUGCUGGGCCGAGGGUACGACACCAUCACCGGUGUCACUCGACUUCUGGAUCAUCAGGACGCACACAUUCAUCUGCCCGUGUUGAGAUAGGACACUAGGACAUUCAGUAAAUGUUUAUAGUGAUGUUCACUGUAAAGGUCAUAUAUCACUGGAUUUAAGGGAUCAUUUUCAAUCAUUUUUCCAAGUGUUUAUCAAGCUUCAGUAGUUUGUCAGAUGAGCAGUAAUGGUUUGGGAAGAUCCAGAGACGA